UGCAUUUUCACAUAGUAGCAGGACUAUCCGCCUGAGCCAUAGGCCCCCCUCAGUGACUAGAUCAAACAGAUCAUCUUCUAAUGCCUCUCUGGAAAACAACAUAUCAUCUAACUCUACUGAGAAGGCAAAAAAGGCUAGAACCCCUAGAAGACAGACACAAGCUGGUGACAGACUGGAGGAAAUUGAUCGACCCCUUAUAGUUCCUCGUGGCAUUCUAUGGGAAAAGCAUCCAUACACUGCUCGUGAACCAUCAACAGUGCAAGGUGCAUUAGUACGCCAGAUGUAUCCGGAGCCAAUUGGUCCAGCUGGUGACCGGAAACCAGUGUUAUGCUGGGAGGACUACAAGUGGUCCCCUGGUGCAGGAGUUAUAACAGCCGCUUCUAAAAUUGUGGAAGAAUUUUGGUGGCGUUUCAAGUGUGACCCAUUAAAUCAAGAGAAAGCAGAUGCUGCCCUGGAGGAGAACUUGACUAAUAAAGUCAGGCAGAUGCUACACGAGGAAAAGGCGGCAGCCAUCAAAAGAUUAAAGAAGAAGGGACAGAUGCCUACAGAAGUGGAUGAAGAGGGUAACACAUGGCCAACAAAGGAAGCUUUAAUUUCUGCUAAGCCACCUGGCUUUGGUACUAUUGUUGGUUGGCGUUUACUUUGCGAGCAUUGGUGUAGUGCUGCAUUUAGAAAGAAAUCUUUCACCAACAGUAAGAACAGACUAGCUCAUGGGGAAACCGUCUUCCAUUGUAGUGGUGCGAGAAGUGCUGUCUCUACACGCCAACAUCUGAAACUCAAAACUGGUAAAGACCCUGGAAUUACCGGUACAUGGCUUCACACGCACAACUUGCAUCGUGGGACUGAUAGAGAGCAGAUAUGCAGCCAACGAAUUUCUAAACGUUGGGAAAAUUUUGAUGAUGCAAUGACACAUGCCCAUGGAGAAAACUGGGAAGAGGAGCACCCAGAAUUAGAUGCACAAAUCAUCUAUGAAGCAGCGGGUAAAAUGCCACAUGGCAGACUUGGAAUUGCCAAUGAGUUAUUUACCAAAACGGAGAAGAUCAAGAUUAAGUCUAGAAGGGUGUUCGCCUCACAGCCCGUGCGAUCAGCUAGAGAGGACCGUCUAGAAAGAGAAAACAACCGUUUGCAGCGAGAUAACAAGCGUCUUCGAGGCAUGGAGCUGGUUGUGCGGUCAUUGGCUGAAAAAGGAGGAGUGGACUAUGAUGUAAUAAUGCAAUCAGUUGCACCUGAGUUGGCCACAUCGGAUUCUGAAGUCGGAUUUGAAAGAGGAAAAAAUGUGGAUCGUCAACAUGAAUCUGAAAAGGUUAGUUAAAUGCCGAUUGUUUGAGAAGUAACAAAUAUGUUACUUGCAAAUAUGUAACCUAGUAGAAAUGCAGCGAAUGAU